AGCUGCAUGGCGUGGAGCCCUGCCAAAUUCAUCGCUUUAGCGGUUACGCUAACGAUGCUCUCUAUCAUCUCAGUGGCAUUGAGAUUCUGGGCGCAUACGAAGUCUCGCAACAAAGUCGGUAUUGAUGAUGUCCUGAUCAUCCCAGCUUUGUUAUGCGUAGUUGGUAUGGCUGCUACAAUAAUUGUAGGCACUGAACUUGGAGAGAUGGCUCAACACCAAACGAAUGUCGUAGGUCCCGAUGGCCCGGUAUAUACCGCGCAACUAAGGGUAUACGAACAGGCGAAUUAUACCCUGCAACUUCUUGCAGCCAUCUCUUUGGGUCUCACCAAGUGCUCCGUCCUGUGCUUCUACCGUCGAGUGUUCUACGUGUAUCCACGGUUUCUAUUCAUCAACAAUAUCUUGAUGAUAGUCAUGGCGGCAUGGAUGAUAUCGUUCUUCUUCGCGAUGGUGUUCCAAUGCCGAAACCCGCGGAUUCUUUGGACGACAUUCGAGUACGCGCCAAUCCGCCAAGUUAAGUGUUUCGACACUCUCCGCUUCUACUAUUCUGUGUCGAUAAGUGGGUUCAUCACAGACAUAGUCAUUCUGGCUUCGCCACUGCCCGUGAUAUAUCAGCUGCAGAUGCGCUGGAAAACUCGAAUCGCGGCAGCAUGCAUCCUUCUGCUCGGAGUGGUUGUGUGUGGAGCAGGCGUCAUGCAAAUCAUCCAAUUUGUUACAAUAGGUCGAGGUAUGAUGGCAAAGAUGAAUGACUUAACUUACUUUACCACACCAGUAUUUGCAUGGAGCAUGGUCGAGAGUUCUCUGGCAGUAACGGGUGCUAAUCUUCCCCUUCUCCGACCGUUGCUACAUAGAAUCGAGCGCAUUUGUUCUCGGUUGGGAUCGCUCUUUGGCUUUGUCGAAUCGAAACAUCCCGCGAGUGAUUACAUGGAGACGGAGAACUCGGAAGUUGAGGCUGAGACGAAGAUAGAAGAGGUGGCAGCGCAAAGGGAAGAUUCUAUCCGAAGCUAUUUGAGCCUUGAGCUGCCCCCUCGUCGAGAAGGUGCUUUACGCCCAGAAGAUCUCUUACAGAUCCCGCCUCGAGCUCUGAUGGAGAAGCUAACGGCCAGUCAAGCUACUUCGCACUCUUCAUGGACAUCCGAGGAGUGGGAAGAUAUCUAG